UCCAACAAUCCGUGUAUGAAAGUCCGAUAUAUGCAAAGUUCCAGGUAUAAACCGUAUAUUUCAAUCACAGAGAGAUCGAGGACGAGUGCAUAGCGGAAAGUACGUCAGCUCCUCGUCUCGAAACGUGGAUGGCAUACGGAUGAUGGCUUAGUUUAGGCAUCACGCUGUGAUUUACCCAUCGGCACCAAUAAACACCGGCUCGCGGCGGCAUGUGCGCCUAGCCGGCUUGUCACGCAUUUAACAAUCCUGUACAGGGACCCGCUCGUUUACAUACGAUCGCGUAAGAAUGUGGAGGUGCGCGACGUCGAGGACGACCUGGGACCGUUAUGAAUCUUUUCGAGACCAGUCUUGUUCCAACAGCCGCCCGCGAGCCUCGAUAGAAUCCGCGAAAAUCGUGAAUUUCUCAGUGAUUGUUUAAAACCUUCGGAAGUAGAUUUUCUCACGGGAUAAUAUAAAAAUGUUUCAGGUUUUACAGUUAAAAAAGUUUUUUUAAUGAUUCUUGUUACUGAAUUGUGCUAGAAAGUAUAUCAGUUUCGUGAAUUUUUACAAAGUGCAUAUUUGAAGACGUGAAAAUAUUAUUUUAAACUGAUAAAAGGAAUAUCUCAUCAUGAAGGUAUUACGUAGUUUUAUGGUGCUAAUGAUUCUUCGAGAGGCUAUCGCCGGAAUCGUUAGGAAACCGCCAGCCUUUUCAACGCCAGUAUAUUCAAAUUCGUAUCUCCCCGCUGCCAUGCAGGUAAUUUUUCACACGGUCGAGCAACUGAAGGCGCUCCAAGCGGAAGAAAUAUUGCAGCUAGACGUACAAGUAGUAACUUCCUCGUCGAUAUCGACGACCCAGGCGAUGAAAGAUUGGCAACCGCAAUCGACGAUACCUCAGGGAAUUUCAAUAAAUUCAACUGCUACGACCGCGAAAGUGAAUGAUGAGAAGACAGAGACUCCCUUGACGCCAAGUUGGACUCAGGCGAGUAAGAUAUCGAGUCAAGGGUCUACCAAGACUUACGACGAUUCGACAGAAGUGGAUCAACGCUUAACAACUGUCAGCGUAUCCAAUAGUUACCAUAAAGAGACACCUGAAGUGAACGAAGAGACGACUGAAACGAAUUACGAAUUACCGGCCACCCCGGAAACGAAUCACGAAUCACCGGAGCUCGUACAGGAGACCCAAGAAUCGAAUCAGGAAGUCUCGGAGGAGAACGAAGAAAAAUCUUCAAGUACCGAACGCUCCUUCAGCGAAGUAGCCAAAAUACAAACCCCGCAACAGGACGAUGCAUCGCAUCAACAAUCGACACAGGCUUCUGUUACGCAGGUAUCAAAUUAUCAGAAAAAGACGACACCAACCGUCGACAGCGUCGUGAGUGAAAUUUACGGAAUCGUGAAGACAACGACAUCCUUGUUCAAAGAGGAAUAUGAUAACGACGAGGAAAUCGUGGAAGUAUCGAUUGAAAGGUCGGAGAAAAUUGAGGACGAAAAAGAAGAAACAAGAUUCUGUUUACUUGGCGAGAGAGUGGCUCAAGUGCCGCGUCCAAGUUUGAACCAGUACUUAAGGCGUUCCAAAGUACCGCCUAGGCCGUCUCUUCAACAACUAGCAAACCUUUAUGACGCUCUCAGCAAAGACGCGCGUAAGCAAGGAUUCGCGCGUUUUGCUGGUUACACGAACGAAGUCUUGAAGAUUUUGCACUCAUCCGCCGAGGGUGGCGUUGGACCGCAGCUGAAGCAGCUGCUAGAGAAGGUGGUGGAGCGGAACGAGCUCACCAGAGACGACGCGAAGACGAGGACGUCGCAGGCGCUGCGUGAUCUUAACGAUCCUGCCAGUGCGCUUAACAAAGAUCUGAGGCUUCUGUUGCCGUUACGUUACACGCUUUGAUUUUUUAAAAUAAUUGCAACGUUUUUGGAAGGUUUAGAAACAAUGAUACAAACAUUGCGAUAGAAAAUAUUUAUUUUCUAUUAUAAAA